AUGUCUGGAAAAUUCGCCUUUUUUGCUCUCCUCACUAUGGCUGUAUUUAUGUGCAUGGAAAAUGUUAGUGCUAGCCCAGCUAUCGCAAUGGGCUAUAACCCUAUGGAAAUAUGUUUCGAGAAUUGUGCUCAGUGCAAGAAGAUGCUUGGAGCUUGGUUCGAGGGCCCCCUAUGUGCGGAAUCCUGCAUCAAGUUCAAAGGCAAAUUGAUCCCUGAGUGUGAAGAUUUCGCCUCCAUUGCCCCCUUCCUCAAUAAACUU